AUAAACCCCAUCUCCCGCUCUAAAACCGCUCGUUACUCGCUUCAAAAUCCACAACAAGGAGAGCUAAGCCCAGUUCCUUGCUCCCAUGAAUUCUCUUUACCAUCAUCUCCAUCACUGUCUCUUCUCCACCCAUCAUCCUCAUCCUCAUCCUCAUCCUCAUCGCCGUCGUCUCUUCCAUAGCCCUUCUAUCAUUCACGUCUCCUUGAAUUCUCAGGGAGCUUCUUCAUAUCUUCACUCUAAACCCUCCAAUUCUCUGUAUAAGCUCUCUCCGUCUGCUUCCCUCUGCAAUACCUCGCCCUCUGAAUCUCUCUCUAGACCCUCGCCCUCUGAAGCGCUCCCUAGACUCUCGUCCUCUGAAUCGCUCUCUAAAUCUUCGCCCUCUGAUUCUGUCCCCAAACCAUCAUCCACAGAUCCUCUCUCUAAACCCUCAGAAUUAAAAACUGGUGGUGUUGAGCCGAAUUCAGAUGGAGGAGAGAGGAACAUUUCAGGAAUUCCAGUGCCUAGGCAGCGGUAUGUUCCAGUAUCAAAGAGGACUCUUUUGGGAGGAAUUCUUUCCAUGUUUGACUCUCAGAAGGAAAUUGACGAGUUUCUUCGCUUGUCAUCGUGUUUAGACUCCAUUAUUCAUGCUGAGCACAAGGGAAUUCUCGUUGAGAUGCGACUUGACUAUAGCCUUACCCAUUUGCAGGAGGGCACUAGAAGAGAAGAAAUUUAUAAGGAACGCUUUAUCAGCCAAUUGGAGGAUCAGACUUUUCCAAAUGGGCGGCAUUUGGGGCUUGAUUUUCUUGGCAUCAGAAGAAAUAUAUUUGCUCAAAAUCAAGCAAACGAGCAAGAAAUAGAUGAAUUUGGAUUAUUGACACUUUCAUGUGACAGAUCCCGUGUUGGGGAGUCAAGAGUAGCUGUUGCAACUCGCUUCCGGCGAACUUUUAUUAAACUUCUACGAAAUGCGGAGUUUGAAGAACUUUCGGUUCGUGAUUUACAGUUGAGAUCUGCAUUAAACACUGACUAUCUGCUGACUUUGCCAAUAUUUGUUGACUGGAAGAAAGCAUCUGAAUCCAAUGCAAUAAUAUUCAGGCGUGGAUAUGCUGCUGAGAGGCAGCGGGGCCUACUUCUUGUUGAAAAAUUGGACUAUCUUCAGUCAAAACUUCUGCAAGAGCUCUUCCGCAACUUGGCAAAACCUCUGAAAAAAGUUGGCGUCUGGAUAAAUGAGACAUGGUGCAGAAUUGGUGAUAUGGAACAAUUCCAAGUUUUGUUUAAGGGAAUCCGGAGUUGGUUAAAGACGCCUUCUCGUCUAAAGGAAUUGUUUUCAGAAAAUGAAAGGUCAUCCCAUGGUGACCUGUAAGGAGCUGAAUUACAAUCAGAUAGUGACCUCCCAAUAUGGUUUGCUGCACAAAAAGCUGUCUCUCGAUAUGAAGACUUUUUGUCAUCAGUUGGACCUCGUGAAAUACUUUUUAGGAAGUUGCUCGUUUGGAGCGGAUUCCUUCCUGCAUUGCCAACUGUGUCUGUUGUGCUUGAUUGUGAAAGUACAAUUUCAGAGCCUCAUCUAAGGCCAAAUUUCUUGCCAAGGGUUUCACUUAGUGAUAUCUGGAAACCUGCAACGAGCGAGUCUUGUGGAAAUGAUAUUGUAAGGACUCUUAAGGCUGCAAUAUCUGUUCUUUUCUCACAAUCUAUUCUUCAGGAGCCAGCAUUCGAAGAAUUAAUUUUACUUUAUACUGACCAAAUGGAUCAUACAUGUGGUGUAGAUUGCGACGAGCUUCCUUCUUUGCAACUUAAGAUAUACGAGAGGAUUCCCCUUCCUGAUCUGCCAGUUAUCUUUCCUCACACAAGACUUUCAUUUCGUAUACUAGAUACGCUUGAUACAACCACAACAUAUAGCCCAACUCACCAUCCGACGUUCUCGCUAAAUAGGGAGCAACAUAAGACAACAAAUAGGGGAUUUGUGGCAACAUUUUGAGCACAUGGUCCCCCAUUUUUCGUAUAUUAAUAUGUUGUUUAUAUUUUGGAUGUAAAACAUUUGUUGAGCCCCUUUACGGGUUUUUGCAUACAACAACCUAUUAGUGGGCUGCCUAACACUUGUAGUUGGUUUAGUCUUUAUAUUAUUACAACAAUGAACACAUUAAAAAAAAAAAAGAGCAGUAGCCUAUGUGGGGAUGGAUUUUCCUUUUAUUGUGGGAGCUACUAAUUGGUUUCUCCAUAGCAUAUAUUUGCAAGCUAGUUACCUACAUUAUUGUUUCAUGGCGUCAUUUUUUUUGUAUUUGUGAAACUUACUAUGAUAAGUAUAGUCACGUGGUAUUCAGACCGGCCUUUCUUCUCCUUAUAAAAAGAGUGGUCAUAUGUUUUAUUA